CCGAUUGGUCUCACUGUCACUAUGGUAACUGUCUCUGUGCUCCUCCCCCUCAGUGUCUCUCUCUGUCCUCCCAGUCUCCCCCUGUCCUCCCCAGUCUGUCUUUAAACCUCCCCCCGUCAGCAUGUUCAGCAGGGAGGUCCUCGGAGCCACCGUGGAGCUGUGCGGCAACAUGGGGUCGAUGCCGCUUCCAGAUUUUCGCAAAAAGCUGCAGCAACACUUCACUCUGACGGAUGAGGACUUCCGCUUCAUCGUCAAGGAGUGCUCCCGCUUCCUGGAGGUCCGCGACCCGGCGGGGGUCGACUGGGUGGUGGCCAGGACGUCCCUGCGGCUCUGCAGGAACUACGGCCUCAAUGAGCCGUGCAGGGGCUGCCAGCAGCUGCACCUCUGCAAGUUCUUUCUCUACGGAACCUGCAGGUUCGGGAAGGGCAGGAAACCCUGUAAGUUCUCCCACGACGUCCAGUCUGAGCACAACUACCCGUUACUGCGAGAGUGCUCCCUCCACCAGCUGGACCAGGACCUCCUGUUCCGGCUGCUGCUGCAGAACGAUCCGGCUCUGCUGCCCGAGGUGUGUGUCCACUACAACCAGGGCCCGGGGCCUCGUGGACUCUGCUCCUUCCAGGACGACUGCUCCAGACUCCACUUGUGUCAACACUUCCUUCGAGGCGAGUGUCUCUUUGGACGUCGCUGUAGACGUCUUCACGCUGUGGACGGACAGGGACGCAGGACGCUGGAGGAGAGAGGACUGAGUGGGGACAUCGUCCAACAUCUUCCCUUCAUCUACAGGAACAGCCACUUCCUGUCCGCUGCAGACAAGGUUCCUGAUUCUUUCCAAGAAUCGUCUCAAACUCCAGAGAUUUGUCUCCACUUCAUCAGAAACAGCUGCAGGUUCCACAACGACUGCCGUCGUGUCCACUUCCACCUGCCCUACAAGUGGGAGGUGUUUGAUGGCAGCAGUUGGACCGAGCUGGAGGACCUGGAGGACAUUGAGAGGGACUUCUGUGACCCAUCGAAGACUCAGAGCGGCAUCUCUUGGCCGGUCGACUUUCUGACGAUGACGUGUGACUCGCUGCCUGUCCGCCGUCUGUCCACGGUGUCCUCAGUGACGAAGCCGUCCCACUACAGCCUGACCACAGAGUGGCGCUGGUACUUCAAGGGGGAUCGGCGGACCUGGGUGGAGUACGGGGCUGAGGAGGACCAGCAGAGCUCCACAUCAGUGACGUCCCAGACUCUGGAGGCUGUCUUCCAGUCUGACAGGACCGCUGAGGUCCCAGUGGUCAGGGGGACACGUCAGUACCUCAUCAGCUUCACAGACAUGUACCAGAGGAACCUCAAACACAACACCAAGAGGAGAGUCCGCCGGCGUCCACGCUUCCUGUCCUCAGCUCAGGUGGACAGACUGGUCUCAGAGUCCGGAGGACAGAGUCCAGGGGACAGAGGACUGAUGUGGGACGUGACUGGAGCUGAAUGAACAUCUGCACCAUCAGCUGUUUCCUUUUAUUGGUCUUAGAACAUUUCAACUGUCUCUGUCUCUGUGUCUCUAUGUCUCUGUGUCUCUGUCUAUGUCUCUGUCUAUGUCUCUGUCUAUGUCUCUAUCUAUGUCUCUGUGUCUCUGUCUAUGUCUAUGUGUCUCUGUCUAUGUCUCUAUGUCUAUGUGUCUCUCUGUCUCUAUGUCUCUGUCUGUGUCUCUGUCUAUGUCUCUGUGUCUCUGUCUAUGUCUCUGUGUCUCUGUCUAUGUCUCUGUGUCUCCAGUCGUGUGUCUCUCAGGGAAACAUUGACCGUGUGGAAGACGGUCAACAUUUUAGUUUAUUUCAGUUUAUUUUGUGUUCGUGUUUAAAUGGAUCCUUUUUAUACUUUUAUAGUUUUAUGUCUUGAUUCUUAUUUUUCUACUUCAACUCAAAAUGAAACACGUCAAUAAUC